GCGAGGGCAGCAUGCCACGCUCCUUCCUGGUGAAAACGCACCCCGGCCACAGGGUACCCAACUACGGGCGGCUGGAGACCCAGAGAGAAACCGAUGGCACCUGUGCUGCCUGCAGGGGGCUGGUGGUACCCCUCCUCCUCCCAGACAAGGCGGCCCCUUCCACACCUGGUGACCCUGCCCCGCCCUGGGACUGCGCCUCCGUCAUUGCUCGGAUCUCCCUGCCCCUCCCAAGGAAUGUGGAAGCUCAGGGGGCCUCUGGGCCAGACCCCCUGGAAGUCAACCGGGCGGAGCCUCGGGCUGGCUGGGCCCCCAGCGUACCCCUCAAAGACAGCCUGAACCACCUCAACCUGCCCCCACUGCUGGUUCUGCCCGUGCGGUGGCCCCCGAUCCUGAGCACGGAUGGGGACCAGGCUCCAGACAGACUGCUGGGUGCUGAGCGGGUCCCCCACCCCCUAGGGGGCUUCCAGUGCUUCCGCUGCCUCAAGCCCUACCACACGCUGGCUGGGCUGGCCAGGCACCGGCAGCUGCACUGCCAGGAGCAGGCCCCACGCUGCUUCACCUGCAAGUACUGCGACAGGGAGUACGCCAGCCCAGGCGCCCUCAAGAUGCACGUCCGCACGCACACGCUGCCCUGCGUCUGCACCUUCUGCGGCAAGGCCUUCUCCAGGCCCUGGCUGCUGCAGGGCCACAUCCGGACCCACACAGGGGAGAAGCCGUACGCCUGCUCUCACUGCAGCAGGGCCUUCGCCGACCGCUCCAAUCUCCGGGCCCACUUGCAGACACACUCUGACACCAAGAAAUACCAGUGCAAGAGCUGCGCCAAGGCCUUCUCCCGCAUGUCGCUCCUGGUGCGGCACGAGGAGUCUGGCUGCUGCCCUGGCCCCUGAGCAGCGCCGGUUGGUGCAGGUAGGAGAGACAGGACCUCACCACGAGAGCCGAUGGCUGGCGGCCCUCUUGGCUGCCCUGUGUCGCCUGGUGGGCCAAGAGGGUCUGGGCAUCUUGGGAAGGCGGGCCAGCCUCACACUCAGCACGCGUUUCUCCUCUCCCCGCCCGCCACCCGCUUCCCCUGGAACCAGAGCAGCCCCACGGGCGUUAGCGUGAGCAAGGGCUCGUGUAGAUCUCCCACCCACUCUGCCCGCUGAGGGAGGGGGCUUCUCUCCCAGGGAAGACCUUCAUCCAAACAAGAGCCCCCGCCCAUCUUCAGCUGGCUCUGCUUGCUGGUGCUCUUCUUCCAAGAGGGACAGACUGCUGGGCACCGGUGGCCAGCCCAGACAAUUCCUACCGCUAAGCUGACAGACGCAGCUGCCUUUGGAUCCCUUCACAACUCGAAAUCCACGGUUUUGCCUGGUGCCGAGUGCAUCUGAAUGGUCCAGCCUUCGUGGGCAGAGCAACCUCAAGGCUCACCUCCACCUGCCUUUGAUCUGGGACCCGGGCCAAGCUGUCUCAUGUCACGAGUGCACAUGCACACGCAGGUGCAGACACACACACACACACACCCUUCCCACCUCACCAGGCUGUCCUGAAGAUGGAGCAGCAGUGAGGGGGUCUGGCAUGGUUGGGAUGGAGCUAGGCCCCCCACCCGUGACCGUGGGGACGGCAGAGAGCCCACAGCCCUGCCUGCUGUCCUCCGGAGUUCUGAGUCUUGCCCACUCCCCUGGGUCUACGGGGGAGGCCAAGCUCUGAGAAGUUCCCCAGGAGCAGCAGGAUUCCUGCAUAAUUUGGGCCUUUCCGGCCACAGAGUGGGGAAACUGGGGUGAGGGCCCCAAGCUGUGAAGUGUCGUGGGACGGGAGCAAGGCUUGUGGGAGGCUGGCUGGGGGGUGGGAACGGUAUUAAACAACGUGGAAGAAAGACUGAGGGGCGUGAACUCUGGGGCGUGAAUGCGGGGGGUGAGGAGUGUGAGAGGCCUGGGAAACAAGGGCGGAAGAAAGGCUGUGGGUCUGCUGACAGGUGCUCGUUGCCCAAAGUCUAAGUUAGAAGAGAGAACCCCGUCCUGUGUCUGCACCAUCUCUCCUGGAUCCACACAGAGGGGCUAUUUCUGCGCCUGCCCCAAACAUACACACCUUCCCAAACCGGCUGGGAUACUGACCCGCAAGGCCCCCAGCCCAGCGUCCUGCCCGAACCUGGUGGUAGCAUUCCCUUCUCGUACAUGGACUCUUCUCACCCCUAGACCGCCAGGUGGUCACCCACUGGGCUGGUCCUGCCUCUUGCCAGCAUGUCUUAGCCGUCUCCGGCUGGACCCUGGAGGGUCAUCCGGAAGGAGGCAGGAGGCUUGAGUCUGACGGGGACUGACUGAGUCCUUGACACUGGGAGGAAACACCUGCUCCUCUCUGUGGAAGCCUGGCCUGCUAUCAGCAGCUCCACUUCUGGCCCCGGGCAAGGGAUGGAAUGAGGCACCUUGGUCUUGGCCCCGGAAUGGAGCCCUAUAGCAAGUGACAGAGGCCACCACUCAGCCCUGAGCCACCCAGACCUGCUGAGCCUCCUCCCCGUGUGCGAGGACAUUCAGGCCUUCACCAGGACCACGUGGGGCACAGAGGACCUUCCUCUGCAGUCACCCAGGGGCUGCAGUCCAGCCCUGGUGGUCCCCACCUGUAGAUCCCACGUGACACUCGUCAGGGCUGAGGGCCCUGGGUGGCUGGUUUGAUGACGGCCAUUGGCGGGGUCUUGGGGAUAGCCCAGAGGAAACUUGACCUUGAUCUUGGGCUUCUCUGGACCAAGGGUGACCUUGAUGAGAGAGACCCCCCAGGAGAGCCCCCCGUUCCAGCCUGAGGCAGACCUUGUCAGCUGGUGGGAUGAGGACGCUCUCUGAGGAAGUCACGCUCCCAUGCCCAGGCCCGCCCCGCUGCCUUCCCUCCCCAGGGAUCAGCCGUCCCUCGAGGGAUGGAUGGUGGGACCCAGAGGCUGGGAAUGUGCCAUGUUGCUAAUGUAUCAGUUUGCCAUGGCUGCUGUAACCAAGUCCCACAGACCACAGAAAUCUCUCCCACCGUCUGGAGGCCCAAAGUCCAGACCAAGGUGCCAGCAGGGCUGGUUCCUUCUGAGGCUGAGAGAGAAUCUGUCCUAGGCCUCUCCCCCAGCUCCCGCUGGUUUGCUGGUGUCUUUGAUGCUCCUCAGCUUAUAGAAGCACCACCCCGAUCUCUGCCUCCAUCUUCACAUGGGUCUCCCUGUGUGCAUGUCUCUCUGUGUCCAAAUUUCCCCUUUUUAUAAGGACACCCGUCAUAUGGGGUUGGGGCCCUCUCUCCUGAUCUCAUCUUGACUUGACUAUGUCUGCAAAGACCCGAUUUCCAAAUAAGGUACUAGGGGUCAGGACCUCAACAUAUGAAUUGGGGGAGACACCAUUCACCCCAACAGCUGACAAGAACACACGGUUUGCCAAGAGAUGCCCAGUGGGUCCUGUGCUUGGGCUGAAGGAGGGGAGUCGAAUCCUCUUCUCCCCCAGUGGAGGGGGCAGUCGAUUCUAACUGACGGAUUUACUAGAAACACCUCCUCCAGAGGCCUUGUGAGUCCCCUCCCCACUCACGGGCCCCUCUCGAGCUCACAUGCCUGCGCCUGUCCCUCGCCUCCUCCAUCUCCCAGCGUGGCCCCUGACAGGGCUUCUGUCCUCCCUCCCACGCCAUCUCUGAGGCGCCUGCGCCUGUGCUGAGUGGCCGCCUGUCAUCAAGCCGGGCAGAGCCAGAGCUCCAGGCUGCGCUCCUGUUUGUGUCCGGCCAUCUCGCAGGAGGGCUUUUUUUUUAAUAGCAUCCAGAUGCCCGAAGGAAGCUAUAUUGUAAAUUGUGUUCUAUUUCUGGGCCCCAAUAUCUAAAUGGGGAGAUGCACCUGUUGGGUAUGAAGGAGGGAAUUUCACAGGCCUAAAAUAAAGCCAAACGCUUGCCCUUCUGCACCAGCCCAUGGAAAAUGCUCUUGUAUUUAUAUCUGGGCUGGCGGAGGGCGGGGCGCUGGAGGGGGGUUGGCAGAGCAGGGGAAAGGCCUGAGCACCUGCCAGGGAAGCAACAGAGAGUGAGUGGGGCACGUUCCGCUCCGACCACAGCGAGGCCACCACCUCCCCGCUGUGGGCCACACUGCCCGUGUGGGGCCAGCUCCCCGCCUCGCCUUCGCUUGCUAUUUUGCCUGAGCAUCAGAAUCAACCUGGAAUGCUCAUUUAGAAUCUGGGUUUCCGGAGCCCUCUCCCUGCACCCACGAACGAGAGUCAGGAGGGGUCUGACUCUCACCCACGUUUGUCCGCGGGGGAAGUGGGCUCAGCCAGCUCUUUUCUCUGGGGGCUGCAAUUUGGGACCCCUCACCUGUAGGCCUUCUUUUUCCUACCAAAUUUUACUCAUCACAUUUCACUUUUCUCCCUAAAGAAGGCCUUUUGAUGGCGCUACUCCAGGCGCGUUGUGGGAGCCUCUCUCCAAGGUGGGAGCAGGGGUGGAGGAGAGACGAGAGGCCCCGGGACCUGAGGAAUGGGAAGCAGGGGUUUCGGCUGCAGCCGGUUAGGUCUGGGCGAAAGCAGAAGCCUAAGAAAUCAACAAGGAUUCUGGAAAAGAGAAAAACCAAGCAAUGAGCUUGCCAGGGUGGGGAUGGCAUCUUCACAGCAUGAAAAGCGCUCCCAGGACGGUGCGUGACAGGCCGAGGACAGGGCCACCCACAGUACACAGGACAUAAACCCCCCAGGGCUGCGUGCCUCCUGCGGUUCUGACUCAGCCCUGAGUGCCGGCCGCUGUGAUUGAGCUCAAGGCCUGGAAACAGGUGUGAGAGGGACACUGGGCUCUCAGCAGCCCAGUCCCUUGCCCCACUCCCCGUUGAAAGAAACCUCUCUCCUGAAAGCUGCCGAUGAGCUACGGUUGUGCUCUCCCUUCCAGAAGCCCAGAGGGUUCUAUAAAUAUCAUUUUGGCCCAGAAUGUUCUGGGGGGUUCUCUGGAAGUUUGAAAAUAGUCCACUUGUUACUAUCUAUAUUCAGAGAACCCACUCCUGGCCUCCACUUGGUGGCUAAGUAUAGCUCCCUGGCAAAGUCCAAUGGAACAAAAGUUUCCAGGCCUCCAUCACCUUGCGGAUGGCAGAACAUUCCAGGGAGAGCACCCAGCUGCCAAGACUCAGAGGCGCUCGGAGGAGGCUGGAGCUGACAUGGGGCCUGCAGCAACUCCCUCUCCCUGCACUCGGGAAGUCUGCGGGGCUGUCAGCAAACGAGGGUGCCCUUGCCAGAUCCAGAAGCGAGAGCUUCUGAUGCCAGCUCUGCCGUUCUGUGGGGUCCAGUCAAUUCCAUUAUAAAGCCUUGGUUUCCGCCUCUGUAAAAAAGGAACCGUGCUAAACUAUUUCAGAAUUUGGGAAGAGUGCCAAGUAAACAGGAUAGUAAAAAAGACACUUAGGAUGCCUAAAAUAAAAUAUAAUUGCUAACUUGAGAGAAACCCUCAACCUUUAUCUUCUCAGAAUCUAUGUCCAUUUCUUGACCACCAAGUUCUGGCUCCAGUAAAUCUCUCCUCCCAGCUGUCCCCACCCAGCCCACUGAGCUGCCCGAGAGCUGGUCUGGCCCCUGUCCAGGGCAUCCUUAGGUGCCAGCAGAGCACCAGGCACAGCUGAAGUA